CGCUCGAGGUUUAAUUAUGUCUGAAGAACAGAUCAAUGAAGCUGUAGAUACUUUAAAAAAUUCUAGAAACUACACACCUUUGAUAUCGAUAGUAACCACGCAUGUCACUGAAAUAUUGGAGAUAGAUAAAAAUGCACAGUACAACAAAAAAAUUUGUGGUGCAUUAAUUGAGCGUGUGAGAUCUGUUGAGUUUGGGAUUAGAAUAUUGUUGCGUAGAAAACCAGAGAUUGAAGAAAAUUUUAAAAAGGAAAAUUAUAUUGAUAAUUUUGAAAAGUUUGCAAAAACUAUGAUAGAAAUUAAAAAGUUCGUUGCAGAUAUUACACAGUUCCAAAGGUUUAGGUUUCUUAAGACAGAUACAGUUAAAGAAAAAUUUUUGGAAUUGACAAAAAGAUUUGAUACCUGUAUGGGCAUGUUAGACUUCACUAUAGUAACUGAUCAAGAAAAACUAAAACAAAUAGAUGAUGAAAGUUUAAAGGAAGACUUAAAUGAAAUGGCAGAGUUUCUUAAACGUAUCGAAGAAUAUCAAGAGUAUCAAGCAUAUAAAGAAUAUCAAGCAAUGACAAAAUCAUUUGGAAUACGAAAUAUAUUAUUAGAUCAAUUGCAAAAUCCAAAUAAUAACCUUCAAGUGGUUAGAAAUUCUGCAAUUGUUAAAAGACUAUUAUUGCCAGACAAUCGAGAAGUCGCGUGUAAAUCUUACUCAAAUGAUUUCUCACAAGUUCAAAAUACUUUAGAAAUUUUGAUAAAAUCAAGUGUAACCAAUGAAUUGGAACCUAAACUGGCAAACUUUCAUUUUUCAAGAAUGAAAGAUGAUGUGACUACUUUUAUUAACCAGGAUCGGGAAAGUUUGCGUUGGAUGGCUCCUGAAAAAAUGUUACAUUACGAGAAAGAAAAUAUCAUUCGAUAUACUUACCAAUGUGAAUUAUUCAGCUUUGGAAUGCUAUUAUGGGAAUUAGCAUUUGAGAAGGCUCCCUAUGAGGACAUGAUGUUGGAUGAUGUAAUUUCUCACGUCACCAAUGGAAGAAGGGAAGGAAUUCCUGCCUACUCAUCAGAUACAUCAGAAGAUUACGAAAUUUAUCAAGAAUUUGUAAGAAUUAUUAAGACCG